GAUCGCUCGUUGCUGUGUUGAAGUAUUAACAUUUCAGACUCUUCAACGGCAGCUUUUUUAGGAAGGCAGUCUUCUUGGUGACUACUAAAUUAAAGGUAACUUAGCUAACUUUACUUAAAAUUGCAUGCAACAAAAGUUGAUAUUUUGGACCCAAGGGUCACUGGGAAUAUUACUAUUUAACAUUCCACGAGGGAAUCGAAUUUAAAGCUUGUAAGCUUACUUUUAAUUAAAAAUUUUCGAUCCUGAGAAAGAAAGAUGAUAGUUUUCUGUUAUUUGUGUCUUUGAAACAGCAGAAAGUCGAGAACUACUGAUUUGGGAUCAUCGUUAAACGCAAUGAGUUGGUAAGUAAUGUCUGCUUCUAUUAGUCUAAACGGUCACUGAAACAUAGUUCAAAAGAAGUAUUCUAUUCUAACGGACUGAAUUUUUUCUCCUACAAAAACUAAUGUGUGGAUUUAUGCAUGUUCUACUAUUAUCGUUUGAGCUUGUUCUUUGAAUUGUAGAGAAUUACUCUGGUACUGUAGUUUCACUUUUCAAACCUAUUACCGUUGGUUGCGCGCGACUUAGAAAAGCGCGCUAAAGUUUCUUGGCGCCAACUUGCCAGAUUUGUAAAAGUCGAGCGGAGGUUUUUCAGUCUCGUAACAGACUGAAUUUGUCCCCCUACAAAACCUAAUUUGCGGAGUUACACAUUUGCUACUACCACCAUUUGAGCCUAUUCUUGAAAUGUGAAGAAUUUCUCUGUUAGGUUUACUUUCGAAUUGUAUAGCGGUUGGUUGCGUGAGACGGUUAGAAAAGCGCGCUCUUUCCUGCGUCUAAUUUGUAAAAGUUAUCAUAUUUUUGACGCUACGCCUCCAAUACAGACAAAACAUUGGUAAAAUAAAAUAGCCAUUGAGAGAAUGGGUGUGGUUUCAUAUUUUUGCCCUACUUUUUAGCUUAACUAGUAGCAAUCAUGCUUAUUUCAUGAUGCACCUUUUUUUUUGUUAUUCAACAACCUUUAUUUAACGUACAACCCUCUUGAAUAUUCAACAAACUGAAAGUGCAGGGAGGGCUUGUUAACGUAGCAGGGAAGAGCGCGGCUGAUGAAUUGAAAUUAUAACUAUUAAUUAGGAAUUUAUACAGAUAAAUAAGUAAUAUAAGCCCCCAACAAAAGGGCCUUUGAAAAAUGUAAGCCCCGGGGCUUAUUUUCUGAAUUUUACGGUUGCGUCAUAGAUCACUGCGCCAGUCAUAACAACGGAAACACGGCGCCCAUAAUUUUAAUUUCAUUAGACCUUAUAGUAAAUUUUGUAGUUUGAAUUGGUUUUUGUCCUACUAUCGAUAGAUAGAUAUCUGAAUUUACACUAUUCAUUUAAUGACGGUUCCUUUUUAAUAGAUGGCCUUGCACCUGGCAUUAAGACAUUGCUUUGUUAAAAGAGUUAGCUUUCUGAAUUGCGAAAUCUUCCCCCACAAAAAAAACUUAUCGCGAAUUUUAAUGCGAAAUGCUAGCGGUGAGGGUAAAAGGCGGAAUGAGUUUGCGGAAUGGCAUGUGGCACGGCUUGCGGAAUGACAUAAUUAUGUGUAAUGGAAAAUAUGGAAAAUGGCGCAAAGAAAUAAAUUAAACUGAAAAACAUGUGCGCGUCUUUGCCGCCCCUUUUUUUGGUGCCAAUUUGAGUGAGCAACUUUUUUGCAGGCUCAUUUAUUACUGCUGGCUUAAACCAACAAGGCAGAACAGAAAGUAGCGAUAAGCUUUACUGCAUUCGUGUCUAUGCAACACUUUAAAUAUUUGAUACUUAAUUUAUUUUUGUUCCUUUCGACAAUACUUUCUCUCUCUCUGCCCACCAUUAUAAUAAAUUCAAAUGUCAAAACGCUAGAGGGAAAUUCUAGGGAUUAUUAAUGAAUCUGGUGGAGGGAUCAGAUCAUAUUUGAGAAUAAAUGAAUGCCCCGAGUCAAACAUUAAUCUGUAAUCCAGAAAUCGAGUGAAGCGGACUGCUUUCUGUCUCCUUUCGGUCUUUCCGCGUGUCUUCGCACCUUCCUUGUUUGUGUGAAGCUGUGCCAGCUGUUAGCUUCGCGUGCCGGAAACUCCUUAACCAAGCAGCUCAGUAAGGAAACGAAAUACGAGAUCUGUUUUCAUCUCUCAGUGAAUAUUAUGUCACGAGCACGUAACCCACCGUCUGAAAAAAAAACACUUCUCACAUGGUUGCAAAUACAAAUAUAGGUAAAAGGAAACUGUAAAGUUCAUCGUGCAAACAUUUUUGCAGAAAAAAAUUAAUUAAGUAGAAGGGAGCCUGACCUUCCAAAACAUCUUUUCUUCAAUGGCCGACUUUCGUGCUGUAGUAUCGGUGCUGCCAUGCAGCCCGACUAAUAAAGGCAAGAAGAAUUUUUGUGGCUGUGCCGAAAAGGUUAAUCGACAAUGAGCCCUCGUGGCUUUUUGAUUGCCAUCGUAUGUCACCAUGAAAACAGCGGCUGCGUUUGCAAAUUGAUUGGCGCCAAAAAAAGGACGCACUUUUCAAUUUAAUUUAUUUCUUUAUUUCUUUGGGUCAUUCUGCAUAUAUUACAUUCCACAAAAUAAUGUCAUUCCGCAAGCCAUGCCACGUGCCAUUCCGCAAACUCAUUCUGCCUUUUACCUUCACCGAAAUGCCAGUAGCAUACGCUAAACUGCAAACCGCAAACUGUGACUUCAAUCACAAACAGUUAAUGUUUGAAAAGUAACACCACGCGUUAAAUUCGUCAGACUUUAACUGAGAUGGAUGCAAAAGGUAGUAUGUCAUAGCUACGGUCAGAGUCUAAUUACGCGAUGCUAGUUUAGGCACGGCAUUACAAAAGCUUAAAUUUGUAGACCUUGGUUUACUUGUGGGCCAAUUUCUGAUAGUCGAUAAACAGUUUUGUUAAUAUCGAUACUGAGCAUUUGACAAAUAUCUGACAGUCAUAAACGGUUAACGUAAAAGAAAAAGAUGAUUUCUUGUCAUUUGAUGUUAAAUUUGAUCGUGAUUUGAUGCUACAGUUCGAUCUCCAUUUAUCAUAAUUUAUUAAAAAAUACUGUUUGGAAGGUAAAAGAGGACUUAUGUCGCAUGUACACUAUUUGGUAUUGCUUAACAGGGUUGAAAAGAACACAGUGCAAUUUUUGACAAUACAACUAUUUCGGUACAAAGAAGUGAAAUGUACUGUUAACAGUUGUAUUUCGUUUAAGCAGAAAUAAAUCUUAAGUGAAAUCUUUUUUUGAGAUCUAAGUGACAAAAGUGGAUUUUCUAUAAUGCCCCCCCUCACCCAAACAUUAUUGGUCCUUCUAAGCAUUUGAAGGUACAGUGGAAUCCCGUCUUUUCGAACCUUCCUUUUCUUACCAACUCGGAAAGCCAAAGGAAAUUGGUUGAUAGUUUCUAGGCUUAAAUUCAUCUCCUGAUUUAAAAGCUGGAACUACUUUGGCGGUUUUAAGUUUAGCUGGGAAAGAGCCUGAGGAUACUGAAACAUUAAACUGGAUUUGAGCUAAGGGCUGAGAGAUAAAAAGGGAAGACCUAAAAGGAAAAAUGGGGCCGACUUAGGGACUUUCGUGUUCUCAUUAUAUUUUCUUUUCUCUUUUUUUAAGCCUGCCCGUACCACCAGUUUUUAUCGUUCGUGGAGACAAAUUGGCUGUCUGUGAACAGUAAGUAUCCUGGAAAGUCUCAUACAAUUUAUUGUAACGUUGUUACAGUAAAUAGGCCACUUCCGAGUUCCAAAAACCUUCACUUUCAAAAUUAGGCUAGGUGCACAACCUUUCUUGUGAAAAUGAACUUUAUUUGCUUGAGGGUGAAAAAUAAUUUCCCUAUCAAAGGCUGAGCACCUAACCAUGUUAUGAAACAGAGGCCCGGGGGAACUCGGAAGUGGCCUAUUGUAAGGGACUUUUGAAGCACCUCAAGCAGUAUCCGAGCGAAGUGUUACAAUCCUUUUCUUAUGACACGGAUUUGAUACUUAAUUUCCUCUAUACAAAUGCGAUUACCGGUCUAUGCUUGUCAUCAAGUUGUAAUAAAUGCGUCUCAAUUUUCGCGAGAACUAUGAAGCUUAUGUCCAUUUGCUGUCGUCUGGUUCUCAGUAGCACACACUUUGGCAAACGAGAUAAUUUAAAACUAGUAAUAGUUGACACUACAGCUGCCCCCGCUCUGUAUAUAGUAUUCUUGCUCCUUGUGUAGGUCUUUGAAAUACAGCUAUUUCGAAAAAGGUUGUCGGAAAAAGUGCACGCGACAAUCCCGAAAGGUAUGGUGGGUGGUUUUGAGAUCACUCUUCUUCAUAGAAAUUUUGAAAGAAUGGCGCGAUAGGCCAUGGACUAUGUUUCCCAGCGCUAAAGCGAAGCAGCAAAAGUAGGUUCGACAGCUACAUAGUGUCAGAAACAGUGUAUUGAUCAUAUCCCAUAGUACCUUUCGGGAUUGUCGCGUGCACUUUUUUCCGACAACCUCUCUCGAAAUAGCUGUAUACCGAUUCAUAAUGAAGAUAUUCACACAUAUUCCAUACAAUAGGUGAGAUAAAUACAGGAAAUAAACGCAAGGUUCUAUGCACAGUUUCGGUUCGAUUUACCCAGCUUUGAUCAAAACAUUCUCAGUUUCCGGAAUAGUUUAUUCUAAACCACAAGAAAAGAUUUAAUUAGAAGUUUAAUUUUUCGCUAUUUCUAUUUCACUUUUUACACUUAGUUCAUUUCAUUUGCCGGAAAGUACGCCAUAGAAAUUAAAAGGACGUUUGAAUGGAACGGUCAUCUAGAAAUUUUUAGCCUUCCUCGAGUUAUAGAAAAUUUUAGGCAAUUUUUGCCUCUCCGAACAGAUAUUUCAGAGGAAACAGUCGUUGGGUGCCCCUGAAUAAAUACAAGCUCGCUGUUCCAAAACCCGCGCCGUAUUUUAUAAAAGAAGCCUUUCUCAUAGCGGAAAUGUGUUGUGGAACAGCUUGGCCGGGGAGGUGUGGCAAUUGACAUCCCUUUAUGUUUCUAAAGGAAAAUUAAGAAACUUUAAUUUAGAGAUAUGUAAUAUUUUAACACGGCCUCCUUGUAAAGCAUGCUUUUUAUUAUUAUUGUUUUAGUACCUGAAGGAAAUACCGUGUAUAAGUAACGUUACCUUACCUUACCUUACCUUACCUCUGUGAUGUGCGUAAAUGGUUUUGGACAAUAGACUUCCUUUGACUAUCAAUCGUGUGCGUUAAAACGUUGUAUGUAGCUAUAAAGGAGUAGUCAAAGUGCCAUGUGCAUUGUAGCAUCACAUCGUUUUAUGGAAAACGUGUUGCUAUCUGAUGUACACCUAUGACAGUUUAUGUUUCUAAGCUCUGCCUAAAGAACACUGGGUUACACUGCACUCAUGGGUGUGUCACCUGAAGUGCAGCCUAUGUUUGUUAGCUAUACCUUAAGAAUUACUAGGUUACAGUGUGCUCAUGGGUGCGCCACCUAAAGUACAGCCUACGUUUGUAAGCUCUACCUACAGAAUCUCUGGGUUACACUACACUCAUGGGUGCGCCAGAUAAAGUACAGCCUAAGUUAUUUUAUUUUAUUAGAUUCGCCAACUAUUGGCAGGGUCACCGCAACAGCAUGACGCCAAUUACCGCGGGCCCGUAACAGUCCCCCCCCCCCCCCCCCCCCCCCAUGAGAGGACCACACCACACCGGGGAACAGUGUGUGGGUUCUUUAACGUCACACAGAAUUUACAUAUGCAAAGGUUGUGAGACGGGGCCCACGGUUUAUCGUCCUUAUCCGAGAAGACUAGAAAGUCUAACCGUUUGCAGAUGUCUUUACAAAGGCAGCACUUUCUCCUCAGUUAUUUAAAGACCCUGAGUGUUAGUCCGGCCUGGACUUGAACCAGCGGCCUCCCGCUCGGCAGACCGGCGCUUAUCCAACUGAGUUAACCGGGCGGUGGUUGUUGCUGGCUCUACCUAAAGAAUCACAGGGUUACACUACACUCAUCGGUGCGCCACCUUAAGUGCAGCCUAUGUUUGUUAGCGCUACCUACUGGUAAAGAAUCACUAGAUUACACUACACUCAUGGGUGCGCCGCCUAAAGUGCAGCCUAUAAUAGUUUGUUAGCUCUACCUAAAGAAUCGUUGGGUUACACUGAACUCACAGGGCUUAAAAAGUUCUCGUUUGGCCCCCAGUCUCUUCAAAGAAAAAAGCUACAGUCCGUUUUGCCAAAAAUCAAGCUUUGUUUUCACUACAUUUUACACCAUAUUUUGCCCCCCAAAAAGUAGAGGAGUUUUUUGCUAGGGUUAAUCAAGUUUGGCUUUCAUGAGUUUCAAUACAAAGGUGCAAAGCUGAGCAAAAAAAAUUAUCAGCAUAAUUAUACCACGGAAACACUAUCAUCUAAUUCCUCGCAGGUAGCCGGAAUAAGCCAAGUAAUGAAACAUAUAAUGAAAAAUCGUCCUCAAAUGGUCUCGAUAACUAAAUUAUACUUAACUUUGCGAAAGAAACUAUUGUUUGUAUCCGUGUUACCCAUCGAAAAAGCGAGGAGUUAUCCCAUGACAUUAGGUAUAACAGAGAUAAUUCUCACGGGUUUCAAGAAUUCUAUGCCCUAUUUUUCGCCAGGAAACAAAUUUUUAAACUUCAAUUCUUACCUUACAGUAGUCGGUAAUGCCGUUAUUUUACCUUGCAUUCAACAACAAAUUAAAGGCGAACAAAGCGAUGAAAUCCGGCACUCUUCUUUUAUAAGUAGCACGUCGCACGAAGUAAAAUCCACCGAUAUGCACUGCAUUCUCACAACAAAUAUAAACAAAUGUCUUGGAGAAAAUACGACAAGGCGGAAAAAUGCCAUAUCUUCGCCUCGGCAAUGUAUCCCAGCUACCAAGCCGGCGUAUCUGCAGAAGGUGGACUCGAAGUCAGAGGCCUGAAAUUCAUCCGAUUGCUUCGAGUCGUUUUCUCCUCUUAACAACGUCUGAAUCGACCGGCCGUUAAUGCCGUCCAGUGACGUCACUCACUACCCGAAAACCGGGUAGUGAUUUUGAUUGGUUGAUGGUUUAAACUUUCGCAUAAUUAUGCAUAAUUAUGAAAAAUUUUAGCGGGAUUGUCGCCUGAUAUUCAGCAGAUCGCAUCCCUGGCAUUCUUUCGAGUUGUUCAAACAUUUCCAUAAGCUUAUAAUAAUCUUUAUCUUAAACAGCAAAAUUGCCCUUGUCUUCGAAACCGUGAAAUGCUAAAUUGAACUGCGAAUGAAGAAUCAUUGCGGAGAGUCGGUAGGUUUUUCAUUUAGAGUCGCUUUGUGGUUUCGGGGUUUCGGCGGCCGGUGAUUUGUUUACGCGUAGUGUUCUGAGAUCAAUGUUAUAAUUCGACCUUCUUGCUAUUUUCGCCGUCAAGUGUAAUGAUUCUGUUAGCUUUUCUUUCUUGUUUCCUUGUCUUUCUUCUUCGUUAAGGACCAAAUAACCUCUUUUCAAUUAAAGCAAAUCAUUGUGUUUUUGAACUAAGUGUUUCGCGUGUGUGCGUUUAUUUCAUUGCAUGAUUGCGACCUAUAACAUAGAAUUCAGUACAACCGGUUCAGAGUUGUACUGCAUGCAGUUGAUAGUUUGAACGUUAAAAAAGGAAUUACGAUCGAAAAAAAUAAAG